GCUGGUGCCGGGUGGCAGCUGCGGAGCUGGAGGCGGUGGCCACUGUGCCCGGGAGCUAGCUGUGCUGCAGGUCUGGGACGGUAGGAUAGGGUGGAGAUGGAUGAGCUGCAGCAGCUGCUGGCACUGCACAGAAGUAACCUCUUGGGCCAGCCCUUCCUCACUCUCUGGAGAUGGCAGGCGAAAUCACAGAGACCGGGGAGCUCUAUUCUCCUUAUGUCGGGCUGGUGUACAUGUUUAACCUCAUCGUGGGCACAGGUGCCCUCACCAUGCCCAAGGCCUUCGCCACGGCCGGGUGGCUCGUCAGCCUCGUCCUGCUGGUAUUCGUAGGCUUCAUGAGCUUUGUGACAACCACCUUUGCGAUGGAGGCCAUGGCUGCAGCCAACGCCCAGCUCCGCUGGAAGAGGAUGGAGAUCCACAAGGAAGAGGAUGACGAAGACUCGUCCACAGCCUCAGACAGUGACCUCCUCAGCCAAGACAAUUACGAGAGGGCAGAGAAACGCCCCAUCCUGUCUGUGCAGAGACGCUCGUCAGCCAACCUUUUUGACAUCACAGACCGGGUAGAAAUGGGACAGAUGGCUUCCAUGUUCUUCAAUAAAGUGGGGGUCAACUUGUUCUAUUUCUGCAUCAUUACUUACCUGUAUGGAGACCUCGCCAUCUACGCGGCCGCCGUUCCCGUGUCCCUCAUGCAAGUGACCUGCAGUGUCUCAGGAAAUGACUCUUGCGGCGUGGAUACAGACGCCAAAUACAACGACACUGAUCUAUGCUGGGGGCCCCUGCGCCGGGUGGAUGUCUACCGGAUCUAUCUGGCUAUCUUCACUGUCCUCCUCGGUCCCUUCACCUUCUUUGAUGUCCAGAAGACGAAGUACCUGCAGAUCUUGACCUCUCUGAUGAGAUGGAUCGCCUUUGCCAUCAUGAUUGUGCUGGCCCUGGUGCGCAUCGGGAAAGGACAAGGAGAGGGGCACCCGCCCCUAGCCAACUUCUUGGGGGUCCAGAACCUGUUUGGGGUGUGUGUCUACUCGUUCAUGUGCCAGCACUCCCUGCCGUCCCUCAUCACCCCCAUCUCCUCCAAGCGCCGCAUCACGCGGCUGCUCUUCCUGGACUACGCAUUGAUCCUGGCCUUCUAUGGGCUGCUGUCCUUCACGGCCAUCUUCUGCUUCCGUGGCGACAGCCUCAUGGACAUGUACACCCUCAACUUCGCAAGGUGCGAGGUCGUGGGCCUUGCAGCUGUCCGGUUCUUCCUGGGCCUCUUCCCCGUGUUCACCAUCAGCACCAACUUCCCGAUCAUCGCGGUGACCCUGCGCAACAACUGGAAGACGCUCUUCCACCGUGAAGGUGGCACCUACCCAUGGGUGGUAGACCGCGUGGUGUUCCCCACAAUCACCCUGGUACCUCCCAUUCUGGUGGCCUUCUGCACCCAUGACCUGGAGUCCCUGGUGGCCAUUACAGGAGCCUACGCGGGCACUGGCAUCCAGUAUGUCAUCCCUGCCUUCCUGGUGUACCUCUGCCGCAAGGACACCCAGCUGACCUUUGGCUAUGGAACGGUCAACAAGCAUAGGUCCCCGUUCCGCCACACCUUCUGGGUGGCCUUCGUGCUGCUAUGGGCUUUCUCCUGCUUCUUCUUUGUCACAGCCUACAUCGUCCUCAAGGAGACCCAGCUCUGAUAGCAGAUGCGUCUGACAACAGGAGGCAGAGACAGCCCAUACUCCCUGCAUCAAUGCAGGACUUAGCUGCCACCCAGGUCGACGGAGCGUGCUAGGCUGGGGCUCCUGGAGAAGGCCUUCUACGUCUCUAGCUGCUGUCCUCUCCCCACCGAGGACGUUAUCCUGCAGGACAGCCCUCCUGCGUGGGAACAUGGUUGUCACCCACAUUCCUCCACUCCUGCCACUGGAGGCCGGCUCCCUCCUCUGCAGUGGAGGAGAGAGUGGUGACCCUGCUGCUAUUUAUACUAGACCCCAUGCCCCCUCCUGCAUCCUCGGCCAUCCACUAGCAGCUGCUGCCUCUUCAAAGGCGAAUCGCAGGCCCUGGCUCUCCUAACCUGGCCUGCUUGGGAAGGGUGGGGCCCUUUUUCCUGCCAAUCCUGAAAGUUGCUAAGUUGUGUGUUUUUUUCCCUAUGGGAGGCCUGGCCAGCUCUAGUGACAAGGACAGGAAGUGCUAAUUGGCACCAGGGUCCCUAGGCAAGAGCCGUGAGAACUUCUGCUGUGGGUGCCAGCCCUGGCACAGCAGAUGGAUGAAGUAUCCUUCCACAGUGUGUAAAGCCCUUUGCUUGGGUCCCUGAGAGGGGCCCUCUGUCCCCUGGCUUCUCCUUUGGAGGCCAGGGGCCCUCUAAAGUUCGGGGUACCACUUGAGAAGCUGCCCUCGGCACUACCACCCACAACCAUAGUGGCUGACCACCCUGCACUUAGAACAGGGAGAGCACAGAGUGACCCUCUGCAAAAGAUCAGGCUGGUGUGAGGCAGCCCAGCUUGCUGCCAAGCUACAUUGCAACACUAAGGUGGUGCCCUCAGGAGCCUGGUCACGGGUGCUCAGUGGCCAGCCUCUCCAGGUCCCUGGCUGCCGUGGAGCUGGAGGGGGUGUGUACCACCCUUCCUAUGGAAGGCCAGGCUGCCAGCUGCCUCCUCUUGAUCACGCUCGCACCCGCUAGGCCCAGUGCCUUGGAAUGAUGAUUAUGAACUGCAUUUUCGCUGUGCCUUCUGCUUUGGGCACCAGGGAUCCCUCCUGACCCUGACUUGCCCCAACCCUGGGCCUAGUCCCACCUGUCCUGGACAGAACUGCCUCUGGGGUGGAGGGUCUCAGACCCUGCCCCUCCCUCUUGAUUUCAGUGCCUUGCUCCACCCUAGUGAGGGAACUUGUGCAGCCCCCCCCUUCCCUUCUACGUCUUGCCAUAUUUAAAACUUAAACUCUGCUGUGUUGUUGGAUGUCCCAGAACCCAGGGGCCUGUGCAGAACCUGCCAAGAAUGUGGGACUCACUGGCAGCACCUGCCACCUCUGGCCCCAGCGUCCCUGCCUCUGAGCAUCUCCAGAUGGAGGUGGGCCAGGCCGCACCUUCUCACCACUGUCCCCCAUCCAUAGUUCCAGCCACAUGGAAGAUAGACGUCCCUGUGCCAGUCUGCCAGUGCAGCAUCUUCCCAGGAAACCCUGGCCCACGUGCGUCAAGAAAGGAAAGCAAUACAGUAGCAGGCCCAGGAGGAAGGAACAACUGCCCAUCAUCAUCCAUGCCUCACCCCGCCCCCGACUCUGGCUGUGUGCUGAGAACUCAAUUAAAACACUCUGUACUUACCCUUCUCCCUCCUGCUUAAGGGCAAAGCAAAUUAAAUCUUCCUCCUGCAACACACACACCUCACCCCACCCCCAGGCUCCAAACUGAAUUUUGGUGGAAAAUUUAUUAGCAUCAUAAAGCCCGAGUUGAUUUAUGUGGCAAUCUGGAGCCAUACACAGUGGCUGCCACAUUCCCCACCCCCAAGUUAAGCUAGGGAAGCCCCAGCCAAGGCAGGAGGAGGGACGACGCCAAGCCAACCCUUCCCGCCGUCUGGUUUCUUUGUUCCUUCGUCUCCACCUAUUGUCUGACCUGCUAGAAGUCAUGUGAGGUCACCUUCCUCACCACACCAGGCCUCUGUCACUGUCUCCUGUCUCCUGUCACUGCCAGGGGAGUUGGACACAAAGAGGAGAGGACAUAGCGUGUGUGGGUGUCAUUUGUCCCCUCCCACACACACACACACACAGACAUCAAGCACACUAAAUGUUUGUGUAUCACCUGGGUAAGGUGACAAGCUAGGUCAUGGUAUCUGUUUGCAAAGAGGCCCUGGGAUUGGUGGUCCGGAGGACAGCAACGAGCCCACCCGGCCUGGCCCAAAAUCCGAGUCUCUGAGACUCAGCAGUUGUCACUGCCGUCUCUCUGCAUUGCUGUGGGCCCGUCCUGAGGGCAGGGCAGGUCAAGGUGGGAAGGAUUGUUCUCCACAGAGCACCAGGCCCAGCUGAGCAUCAGUACAGCGCCAGGAGCUCUGGCUGUGCCUCACCUGAGGCUGGUAGGUGGGCCAGAUGGCAGGUGACAGGCAGUGAGGCACUGCGGAGCGGUAAAAAGUGGCAGCAGGCGCCAGGCCCAAAGCCACACACCUGUCCUCAACACACGGGGCCAAGAGCAGCCUCAGCAACAGGCAGUGGCUGUCUCUCAGGGCUCCAGACCCAGGGUCAGAGGAAGGCAGACGUCUGUCUAAGGAAUAAAGUCCCAAGCGAGUAAAGUGUGGGGGCUGCAGAGACGCUGCCUGUCGACCUUCCUCCCAGGGGCAUGCUGCAGGCCUGGCACUGUGCUGGAUACAUUGUGAAGACCAAACUGUCAUAACCCCCAUACCCUGUGGCCUCUAAGCAGCAAGCAUCUGUAACCCUCCCUCUUGUGGGGACCUCCAGAUCAUAGGUCAUGGAAACUAAAGGACUGAGCUUACCCCAGCACCAAAGUCCUUAAUAAAGCUGCUAAGACCCACA